AUGCCAGGCGCGAGUCCUAGCUCGGCGAAUCACCGGCAGCCCACGAUGAUGGAAGUACAAGUCGAAGGAACUACCCUCCGAGAAGAGGACUACGACCCAGCAGACUGGACUAAGAUCAUCGGAACCUAUCAAGCCCCCCCGAAGGCCCCCGAGGAGCUCACAUGGGCAGAACGAAUCGUCCGCAGACCAGACCCCCGGUACGAGGAGAUGAUCCGUCUUCGAGAGGAGGUAAGAAGCUUGCGACAGGCCAUCACCCAACCCCACCCAUCACCCGUCACCCAAACCAUCACCCAACCUUCACACCCACCCACUGGUCACCCUUUACCCCUAGACACCCAGAGUUCAUCUCCCGCAGAAACCUCAACCUCCACCCCACCUACAAAAAAGAAAAGAAAAGACGUUCCUCCGCCAUCAGCCAAAACAACAGAGCUGGAGCAAUCAGACAAAACAGCUGAGAUGGAGGCUCAGUUUGAAGCCAAACUUGAGGCCAAAUUAACAGCGAAACUGGCACACUUCCAACAGCAGAUGCGCGAUGAAUUCCAGCAAUUCCUAGACAAGCGCCUGCAAACACUCGAGGCUCGAUUCCCAACUCUCGAAGCUCGGAUCGACAGCCUCAUUGACGAACGCUUCAAAAUUUUAGAGAACAAGCUAGAUACCUUCUGUACCCAGCUCAGGACACAGAUGGGCCUAAUGGUGGUGGAGGCAACCAACCAAAUGCAGACGGUGCCCCUACCCCAUACCACUCAUCCCCCCUCCACUUCCCAAACUUCUGGGCAGCAAAAUGGCAGGUGA